AUGGGAAAAAGAAGUGAAGAUAAUUUUUCAAUAGAUGAAGAUGAAUCUGAAACUUUUUCAGAAGAAGAAAUAAUAGUUAAAAAGAAUGUUAGACCAGUUAGGAAUACUAGGAAAAAAAUCAAAUAUACUAUAGAUAAUAAUUACAGUGAUAAUUCAGAAUAUGAGGAUUUUGAAGAUAUUUUAACUGAAAGAGAUAUUGAUGAUUUUGAUCAAGAUAAUCUUUCAGAUAUUCAACCAUCCAAAAUAAAAAGUGGUAAAAAAGCAGUAGAAAGAAAACCUACAGCCCCUAAAAAUCUAUCAAAAAGAAAUGUAGCUAAUACAAGCAUUGCUAGUACAGAUAUACAAAAAGCUAUAUAUGAUUAUAUGAAAAUACAGAAUCGUCCAUAUUCUAUUCAAAAUGUUGUAGAUAAUCUUCAUAAUAUAUAUAGUAAGAAACAAGUUACUGAAGAAAUGGAAAGGCUUGCAGUAGAAGGUAAAUUUAUAUGUAAAGAAUAUGGCAAACAAAAAGUUUAUUUAGUAAAUCAAAGCGAAUACCAAGAGCUGAAUAAGGAGGAGAUGGCAGAGUUAGAUAAAGAAAUUUCCAAUUUAGAGGAUAUUAACAGACAAUUAGAAAUUAGGCUAAAAAGUUUAAAGCAAGAGACUAGAAAUCUAAGUGCACCAAUUCCUUUAGAUGUACUGGAUGAUAAAAUAAGUCAAAUGGAAUUAAAGAAUUCUGAAUUAUUAAAUGAGAUUGGAAGUAAAGAGAAGUUGAUUGGAGAUAAUACACAAAAUAUUUCUAUUGAUGAAUUGCAAAAAUUAAAGAGUGAAUAUCAAUCAUUACAGGCACGUUGGAAAAAGUAUAAAAAUGCAUGUAAACAAGCUAUUGACAUACUUUGUGAAUCAAUGGAUCAAAAGGUAGAAAUUAUUGAAAUUACUUCUGAUUUGUUGGAGGAGAUAGGUAUUGAACUAGAUCCAUAA